CCCCAAAAAAGCGUGGCGAAAAGGUUCGCUUAAAAAAAAAAGAAACUACUAAGUCCCAAACGCGCUACUAACUCAUCACUCAUCAGACUUAGCUUCUACUGUUCUCCCCUGUAAGGCUGUAACACCAUUACGCCAACGCUCUAAAAAUCCUAACACUCAGACAGAGCUCAUCAGCGUCGCUUGCACUCUCUCAUCUGCCGGCGCUCCCUCCGUCGUCUCCCCUAACCCGUCUUUGUUGGUGUUCGCAUUCCCUUGGCGCUCAUUACUCACUGCGUCGGUCAGCCAACGGAGGUCGCCUUUCCUUCCUCCGCGCCACCAGUCUCUGCACUCCUUCCUCUAUCAUCUCUUUUCAUCUGCUCUACUGCCUUCUCAGCCAACGGGAACGGUGGAAGUUUCGGUUCGGUGAACAAGGACCUUCUCCAGAACAUUCUGGCGAGGCUCCCGGCUCGUUGGUUUGCUUCUGCUGCUUGCAUCAGCAAAUCAUGGAGCUGUGUCUGCAAUCGAAUCCUUACUCGUCCAAAGCUCUCUUCUGCCCUUUCUCUCAAUCCUUCACUUUCCGUUACACUGAAACACUUGACCAGAAAUCUAAUAUUGUGGUCCCUGAAGAUGAUCAUGGCCUCUAUACAAUUGAUAUUCUAGAUCCAUCUUUGUUUAUGAAAUGUAUACAUUUGACUGAGUUGUAUCAUUUCCAUGAUAUGAUUGACAUGCUUGUUGGGUGUGGCUACAAGAAAGGAACCACAUUUCUUGGUUAUGGUUAUGACUUCAGGCAAAAUAAUAGUGUUGGCAGAAUUGACAAGCUGAUGGAUGGCCUUAAAGCCAAGUUGGAAACUGCUUACAAAGCCUCUGGUGGAAGGAAAGUUAACUUGAUUUCCCAUUCUAUGGGAGGAAUCAUGAUCCUGUGUUUCUUGUCUCUUCACCGUGAUGAUUUUGUCAAAUAUGUGAAUAAGUGGACUUGCUUGACGUGUCCUUUUCAAGGUGAUCUCCCAGUUGUCAUAUCAUGUGCUAGUCUUGCCCUGGCUGAUGCUGGAAUAAUGAGGUAUGACCUCGUUGCAUCAGUUUCUUUGGAAUGAAUCUUUCUCACAUUUGCAGUCUUCUGAAUGUGUGUAAACUUGUUUUAUUGGUGCUUAAGCUAUGUCUAAUAUAAACUUUGUCUUGAAAUUUUGAUUUACUAUCAAACUUGAUCUUCUGCAAUCUUCUACUUAGUUUUGAUUAUCCCAAAAAAUUACAUGUUUCUUUAUUUUUUUUAACGAUUGCAAUCCUAUCUCUAUAAGAAUAUGAAAAUAAUAUCAGUGCAUAAAGUUCAGUGCUAAAAUAAUUGUGAGUCAAAACCAAGAACCAAAUGUUCAUUAUUCUGAAUUUGAAUUGGGGAAAAACAUUUGCAAUUGAUAUGAAUGACAAGGGUUGUCAACCCGGGGAGACAUUUUUGGCACUGUGAGAAUGAAUCAAUGAAGAAAAUAAUCAUUCUAUUGUAUAAAUUAAUUGUAAAAUUUAAUUUAGGAUUCUUUUUAAGCUUGCUAGAAUUUAAUUUGGGAAGCUGAUCAACUUGCAGACCUUGAUACUGUCAUCAAAUCAGUUGACCGGAAACUUACCAUCGGCACCGUGAACUUUCUCCACCAUACUCAACAGAAAAUAGAAGACACUGCUCCUAUUUCUGAAGGUGUUGAGGUAGAUAAAGCAUCUGAAGUGACAUGAUUAGAGGAGACUCAACCGCCGGAGAACUUGAUGGUUAAGAAAGGGCAGUACAUAGGUCCUACUAUAAGAAGACAUGGUUAUAUUUUUUGUUUUUUCUUUUUUUGCACGGUUGUGUUUGGUUAGAAUAGAGCUUGUAAUCAUUUGCACUGUUAUUUGAACUCGAGAUUUAUUUUGUAUUUGAAUAUUAGUUUUUUAAGGUAUAAAAUAAUUAUAGCAAAAAUUAUAUUUC